AUGAUGUUUGACGUCAGUAAUUGUGGUCCAGUCUAUAACUGCGCAAGCGUCCUAGAUAUUUGCGCAAUUGUGCUAAACAGCUUCGGCUGCUUGGCAAAUCUCACUGUUACUGUUCUUCUCUUCUGCCUUCGCUGUAAGAAGUCCGAAGGCCUGAUCCUUUUGCGAGUCCUCUCUUCCAGUUGCUUAGCUUUCACGGUCAUAAACUUUAUGGAAAAAGUUGGCUUCCAUAACCCCAACACCGGCAACCAUUACGUGGACGGCCUCAUCUGCACUUUAUGGACCACUCGUUUUCCCUUCUGGUACACUUACUGUCAAAUCUGCCACAGCCUUUACUUCUUCGUCUGUAACAGGGCCUCCGAGAUGCUGCAAAUGAACAAUUAUCCCAUUACCACGGAGAAACAGCGUCUCACUGCCUACCUCCUGCUGGUCUUUAUUUUCAGUUUCAUUGGGGCGUUGCCUCUGCUACUAAUGACGCAUCCAAAUACAAAGAAUUGUGCAUGUGCUCCACUGCCUGAGAACUUUACCAUUCUCACAUUGCUGUAUGCUCACGCGUUUCUCUCGGUCAUGCUUUUUGGAUUCAUUUAUCCGGUAAUUUGUCUCUGUAUCUGCACUGCUUUGAUUCUGCGAUUGCGGAAAUCAGAAAGGGGUUUUAUUACAGAUGAACUUGAUGAAUCCUACUUUCCAAAAUCGCAGUCAUUGCCAGCAUCCGCAACUAGCACCACAACCAGCACCCCAUCUGUACAGUCAGGGUCAUCUUCAGCUGAACGUGACAUUCGUGACUGUGAAAGUAAUAGCGCUGGGACCCUUGAGAGAUUGGCUAAUAAAUCUGUUCGUCAUGCCUGGUCGGCUUCCUGUUGUAUCAUACCUCUAACUGCUGCCUUCAUAGCGGGCACAAGCUUUGAGUCCAUUCAACAAUUGCUGAGUGCGGCUGGUGUUUUCACGUAUAAGCUGCGCAGUCCAGCUCAACAGUUCAGUGUGACAUUGACAAGCCUGUCUACCGCGUUGGUACCACUUAUCCUCUUUUUCCAUAUCCCUGCGAUGCGGUCGCUGAUCUUCGUCGCAAUUGAAUCAAUACAAAAUAAAAUCAGUGGGAAAAAAUUGGCGGACGUUGGAGACCUCUCUCGAUGA